AUGCCAGGCCUUUUGCGGAAACUGGUUAUCAUCGCCGCAGUCGAUGGGCUGAUUCUGCACGGGAAUGGCGCCAACGGACUGCGGUCUAAUCAUAACGGGAGCAACAAUGAAGCGUCUUCGAUUCGAAUCGACUACAAGACGAACAAGAUUACCGCAUUGCCCGCCUCAUCGGAGUCAUUGGAAGGGCAGGACGUGCUAGAGGCAUACGGACUCGUUGGCCUUUUAUCUGUCGCAUCCUACUCAUUCCUGAUCUCCAUCACUCAGCGCCAGCAGGUUGCGCAAAUACAAGGCCGCCCUGUUUACGCCGUGACCAAUGUCGCCAUUAUCCCCAUCUCCUCCAAAGCUGACGCCUCCCGCGCGAUUGCCCAGGCUAGGAAAGAGGUUUCACAGGGUGAUCCAGAUCUCGACUCGCCUUCCGAGGAGGAAGUGCCGGAUAAUGUGACAGACGGAGCAGAGACAGAAAUCAACAGCGCACCAUCUUCGCCUGUCCGUGAGACAUUCCAUGCCCGUGGGCUGAGCGUCGGUAGUAUCGCCGAGGAUGUAAUUGGGAAGCGCGUGCGUUUCGGCCGAUUCGCGGCGAAUUGGCUGUCGCGCAAGAACCUGGGCUUGCCCCGGCCUGGUGCGCAGCAGGAGGUUCCAGAGUCGCCAUUUGAUGAUUCGCCGCGGAUGUCGGUUGAUGCUCCUGAAGUUAAGGAUGAGGUCGCUGAGGCUGCUGAGGCGGCGGUCCCGCGAGAGGUUGAAGUUAAGGCUGAGGCUGCUGCACAGGGCGACGUUAGUCGUCCAAGCUCUGAUCAGGCGGCGGAGUUACUGCCGAAGCUCCUUCGAUAUACGAAGAUUCUUUUUGCGUCGCAUAAUUUCUUCUUUGCAUAUGAUUAUGAUUUGACGAGGUCAUUUGAGGCGCAGGAAGUGCGCAAUGGACAUCAACCCCUCCACAAGGCAGCAGAUCCACUGUAUUUUUGGAACAAAUAUCUCAUGAAUACAUUCAUUGAUAAUGGUGCACAUGGCUUUGUCCUGCCCCUCCUACAGGGCUUCGUUGGGCAGCGUGAGUUUACAGUGGCUGCUCCUGAGCAGACGCCAUCGUCAACAGAGUCUGCCGAGGACCAGCACGUUGAAGGCCGAAUUCUCAGUGAGAGCCAAGAAACUGAGACCCAGGAAAAAACAGAAGCGCCUAAGCAUAAUUUCCUUCUGACACUUAUUUCGCGGCGGUCUGUUAAUCGACCUGGUCUUCGAUACCUGCGCCGUGGAGUAGAUGAUGAAGGCAACACAGCGAAUACCGUCGAGACGGAACAGAUUCUCUCGGUGCCAGACUGGGACUCAUCCCACAAUGUCUAUUCCUACUUGCAAGUGCGAGGGUCAAUCCCCUUGUACUUCUCCCAGUCGCCGUAUUCCUUCAAGCCCAUGCCGAUAAUGCAUCACUCUGCUGAAACCAACCAACUUGCCUUUGGUAGACACUUCCGAGAAAUGAGCCGCCGAUAUGGCAAGGUCCAGGCCGUCUCUCUGAUUGACAAGCAUGCUGGGGAGUUGAAGCUGGGAGAACAAUACGAACGAUAUACUAAUGUAUUCAAUGAGGCGGGCGGCAUCGAUGGGACGCCACUGCAGUUUGAGUGGUUCGAUUUCCACAGCGAGUGUCGCGGGAUGAAGUUUGAAAACGUCUCGCGCUUGGUUGAUCGUGUCAAAGACACACUGGAGGAGUUCGAAUAUACGGUCGUUAAGGACGGUUCUACUUCACGCAAGCAGACUGGCAUUGUGCGAACAAACUGCAUGGACUGUCUUGACCGGACGGGCGUUGCGCAGUGCGCUUUUGGGCAGGCGGCACUCGAGAAGCAGCUUCAUCAUGAAGGCAUUCACAUUGACCUGGGCGGAGACUCAUCUACACAGUGGUUUAAUACUCUCUGGGCCGACAACGGCGACGCCAUCUCCAAGCAGUAUUCGUCCACUGCAGCUCUGAAGGGUGACUAUACUCGCACGCGGAAACGUGACUAUCGCGGUGCUCUCAAUGACUUCGGUCUCACGCUAUCACGCUACUAUAACAACAUCGUCAACGACUAUUUCUCACAAGCCUGUAUCGACUACCUCCUCGGUAAUGUGUCAACUCACGUCUUCGACGAGUUUUCCAUGGAGCUCCAAACCACCGACCCGGGCAUCUCCGUCGAAAAGAUUCGACAAAGUGCCAUCGACACCAGCUGCAAGAUCGUCAUUAGCAGUCCCUCAGAAGAAUUCCUCGGCGGUUGGACAAUGCUCACUCCCCGCCAACCGAAUACACUACGCACCUUGCCCUUCGAAGAGUCUGUCCUUCUGCUCACUGACGCAGCAGUUUAUAGCUGCCGCUUCGACUGGGAGACAGGCAAGGUACUCUCGUUUGAGCGCAUCGACCUCCGCUCCAUUUCCCGCAUUCACUACGGGACAUACAUCACCUCCAUCCUGACAGACAGCCAGUCAGAUGAGCGCAGCAACGUCGGUCUGGUAAUCAUCUACCGCGACGGCGACGCCAACGCCCUACGCGUCAAUACUCGCUCUUUACAGUCCAACGUCCGUCCCGCAACAUUGGAAGCCUCAUCCAGCUCCAACGGCGAGUGGGAUCUCGUCUCCUGGCUGCGCGGCAGUAAGCGCGCCACUACCCGCUUCGUCGCGUUCAAGUCCCUACCCGCAAAGAACGCCGUGGCUAGCCCGCGACUCGGCCCUGUGAGUGGUGCAGUCAACGUACGGGAACUUGACCGGGUGCGGUCUAUAUGUCUGGAUAUUGAACGCGCACUGUUGGCCGGGGAUGGGCAGAAUGUAGAGAGCGCGUCGGUGGUGGAGCAGUGCGAUAUCAUCUCUUUGGCGGAGGCGAAGAAGAGGACGGGGAUUUUGGAGUAUUUGGUUUAUGAUAUUAAGAAGAUGGUUUGGGCUUGA